AUGGGUGUGGGUGUAAAUGUCUGGAUGACUGAUGAUGAUGACGAUAAUGACAAAAGCAAACAUACACAAUAUGUUUACACGCUUCAAGUUCAAAAAUGUUAUGUAACAAUGGAACCUUGCACGAAGAGAUAUACUUGGUACAUGUGGAAUAAGGAUUUGAAUUAUUUUGAUAAAGUGAAACCAGAGGCUAAGUAA